AUUAUAAAAUAGUAUUCCCUUAUAUUUAACGAAUACUAGUAAACAAUAUGAGCAAACUUCUUGGUUGCCUUGUCCUCAUCUUCUUCUAUAUGGUCACAGCUGUCUCAUCCGCCACUCUUACGGUGAACUGGUCUCUUGGCACCGACUACACUCCGCUCACCACCGGAAAGACCGUCUCCGUCGGAGAUACCAUCGUGUUCAGCUACGGUGCUGGUCACACGGUGGACGAAGUCAGCGAGAACGACUACAAGGGUUGCAGUUUAGGCAACUCCAUUACAUCCGACAGUAGCGGAACAACGACCAUAGCUCUCAACACCACUGGUCCUCGCUACUUCAUCUGUGGGAUCCCCGGCCAUUGCGCCGCCGGUAUGAAGCUCGCCGUCACCGUCGCGUCGGCCUCUUCAAAUGGUGUAGGAGGUGGCACCACCACACCAACCCCGUUCACCGGAGGUGCUGGUUACAUUCCCACGACCACACAGGCCAUUCCUUGUGCAGCUUGGGCCCUGUCUUUUCCAUUAGAGGCUUUGGUUGUUAAUUGGGCCAUUAUUUUUUAUGCUUCGGCUUUGUCUUAGUUGAAAAUUUUGUUGUAUGUGUAUGUGUAUGUGUUGUUUAUCUACA